CCGCUAUAUAAAUGAAACAGAGUUUACUAAAAGUACAGCUAAAAGAAAAUGGCUAUGGAAAAGAGUAAUCCUCUGAAAGGAGGAGUUGCCAUUAUUCACAGACUUGUGGAUGGAAAACAUCAAUAUGAAGUGGAAAAAGUGGUGAAAUACACAGACAAGUCCAAGACCAGCUCUUUUGUAAGUAAAGGUGAUAAACUACUGAAGAUUAAUGGGAUUAAUCUGGAGGAUUUGAACCCAGAAUCUUUUACAGAAUUGCUGGGUGAAGGUUCAAUCUUGCUGACCGUGCAUCAGCCUAGUAAGACUCCGCAGAAAGCCCUGAAUAAAGCCGCCUACCAGGCUUACUUCAAAGAGAUGGCGGUCAUGAACAUCAGCAUGGAGAUGGAGAUGGAAAGAGAAGACAAAACUGAAGAGGAAGAAACAGCUGGUACUUCAGAUGAUAAGAAGGACCCUGGAGCCAGUGGUCCUCUUGAUGAAGGCAGGUGUGAGGCUGAGGACCUGCUGGUCGUGUCCCUCUCUGAAACCAGUGUCACCAUUGUGAGGGGGAGAGGCCACGAGAGACCCCCUGGAACCCGCUGCAGCACCUGCCACAGUAAAAACUGCAAUCUGCAUGACGUUGUUGUGCUGUCAAAAGCCAGCACGCUGACACUCGUGUCACGAGGAUGCCCUAAUUUAUUGCUGGAAAGGACACAGGAUAAUAUUAUAAUCCGGAGCCUGUUAAGCCAGAAUUACAUACAACAAAGCUUCCCUUCCGUUGUGUCAUCUCGACCACUAAGAAACCCAGAUUUAGCCAACAUGACCAUCUAUCAUUAUAAGUCUGACUACGUGGACGGACCCUUUCUUGGAACACCAGUUGUCCUGAACUUCACCAAAAGCAACUGUUUUCUGUGCUGCGAUAAAGACAAAGAUAAAGUGAUUCUUAAAGUUGAUGCUUGCCAUAAAGAAGAGCUUAGGCACAUCUCAAAUGACCUCCCCACCUGGCAAUUUGUAUUCUACAUGAAAGCAAAUGCAGAUAACGCUCGACGAUUUGAAUCUGCAAAGUACAGGAAUUGGUUUUUAAGCGAGCCCUUGAAGGGAACUGUGAGGAUGAAAUCCAAGGAAAUCGAAUCUGAGCAGUCUUUCUUUUUCUUUAUAAAAAAAAAUGCAAACGGGUAACCUCACUGUUCCACAUGUAACUGCAGUAUAUAAUCCUCUUAACUGCAGUCCCCUGCAUUAAUACGAGGUUCAUAUGGCCUUCCCUCUAGUAUUCUUAAAUCUCGAUGUGACCAAUCAUUCUAUAGGCAAUAUACUUUUUAUAGCCAAACGAAAUCCUAUAGCAAAUACUUCCUGUUUGAGAUAUUUAGUUCUGCCAUCCACAGCAAUGAAAUACUUAAUGGUGGUGUAUGUAGUAAUACAAAAAGAAAGGUUUAAAUUGUUUUGACUGUGUUUCUCAAUGUUCUCAAUGUUGAAAUGUGUUUUGAUUCACAUUGACAUAUCUCUGUGUUUGGAGUGGAUUUUUAACCAAAUUAUGUGUGUUCUGCAGAUGUUACUUUACACUACUUUUGGUAUUUAAAUAAGUUAACUAAAAUGAACUACAAAUAAAAUUGUGGAGGUACCUGU